AAUUGAAUUUCAAUUUCCCCUAGCGCUUGUCUCCGUCUGACCGUCUCUCUCGCUCGACUUCUCCUUCCGCUUCCAGUUCCAGCAUCCCAGAUUUCCUCUCCGCGGCUUGGCUAGUUGGCUUCGCAGUUCGCUCAGUUCGCUGGAGCCUCGAGUCUCUCUCACUGGCCACUGUCUCAGACUCCCAGUGAGUUAAAGUUCAAACACCGAGUAGCCUCCUUCUGUCGAGUGGCUACUGGCUGGGCAUUUUUGUUGUCGAACGAGUAAGUUCGAUUUCCCUUCCCUAGCCCUGACAAUCAGAGGAUCGGCCCUGUUUCUCAGUUGUCAUACAACACGCAACAACUUAAUUGAAACUUGAAACCCUAAACCCUAAAGAAGUAUCACUAUGAGAAGGGCUCUGCUGAGGAAUGUCUCUCUCUACGCCCGUAUUCUCCAUUUCUCUCAUAAACACGAACCGAAAAGUGUGAUCCUGUACAAUGGAAUUACCAAUUUCAGCACUCGUAAUGUACCGCGAAUCAGUUGCUUCUCUUCGAGAAUCCGAUAUUUUUCAUCUGAAAUAGAUGUCACGAAAGAAGCCGAGACGAACAGGGAUUCAUCUGAAUCUAGCGUCGGCCAAACCGAAGAGAAGAAGCAAGAGGCCGCCGAGGUCCAAGAUGUAUCCAACAAAGAGUUAAAAGUGCAGAUAGAGGACUACUUCAAGAAUGCCAACGAGGAAGCACUCCCAUUAAUCCUUCAGAGUAUCCUACAGAGGAGUCUUUCUAAUAAGCAUGAUGACACAGAUGAUGAACUGAUGGAUGACCUUCAAAUGCAGCCUAUAGAUAACGUUAAAGACCAAGACUUUGAAUCAGAUUUUGAGGAUGGUCAUGAAACGGAUGAAGAGAUUGAUGAUUUGUACAAUGCAAGGGAGAUUGUGGUGAAGAAAAUGGCAGGUGAUCCUUACUUUAAUAUGGAUGACAAGAAGUGGGAUGACAUGAUUGCAGAAGCUGUCGAACAUGGGCAUCUGAAGGAUACUAGGGAAUGCGAGGCAAUACUAGAGGACAUGCUUAACUGGGACAAACUUCUACCUGACAAGAUAAAAAAGAAGGUGGAAAAGAAGUUUGAGGAGAUAGCAAAUAGGAUUGAGAAAGGUGAACUUGAAGUUGAAGAAGGCUAUGCAUUGUUUAAGGAGUUUGAAGACCAAAUGGUAUUGGAAUGUGCUAAGCUGAUGGAGGCUGAGGCUCCUAAGCAGUUUGAUGAGACUGCUAUGCCCGAUAAGAAAAAAGAUCUUGAUGACCCACCAGGUGAGGGCCCAAUUCUUAGGUGGCAAACACGUGUGGUCUUUGCUCCUGGUGGUGAUGCAUGGCACCCGAAAAAUAGAAAAGUAAAAUUGGCUGUUACUGUCAAAGAGCUAGGUCUGUCAAAGCAUCAAUUCUGCCGAUUAAGAGAAUUAGCAGGAAACCGAUACAAUCCAGGAAAAGAUGAACUUACCAUAACCAGUGAGAGGUUUGAACACCGGGAGGAGAACAGAAAGGAUUGCCUCCGGACUCUAUUUGCGUUGAUUGAGGAGGCCGGUAAAGCUCGGAAACUGGUGGAGGACGCUGGAACUUCAAUCAUCAAAGAGAGACUUAAAGCUAAUCCAAAGUUCAUGCAGAGGUUGCAAGCUAAGAUAGCGAAAAAUAGAGAAUGUACUUCAUCACCUGCAUGAAUUAACUCGACCACAGGGGUAGGUAACAAAGUUAGAUCUUCGGACAAUUAUUUCAACAUUACAUCUUUUUAAGUAGUUUCCUUGUUUAUGGAGAAGUCAGUUUCCACCGGAAAUUAUGGUGGCCUUAAAUUUAACAGUUACUCUGUUCAGCAGCUAUUGCAAAUCAAACAAGUCUAUCGUUGUAGCUUGAC